CAAUCUACCCCAUUGGAGGAUUUGGAGAAGCACCAUCUCCCUGAUCACGGUGGUCAAGAUCCAGCCCUUCAAUCUCACCAAGAUGGAGAUGCUCCUCCACCUCCGCCACCUCCGCCAGAAUCAUCGUCCUCCGAGCCUCUUGACGAGAACCUCUUCUCCGACCUCACUCUCCAAUUCCAGAACCUACCAGAACCAGAAGAUCCACUAACACCGACACACGAUGACCUUGUUCAGAAUCAAACCCCCGCAUCGAAACCAACACCGCCUGCGACAGCAUCCAGACAGAACUCCUCCACUUCCAGACGGAAAAAGCGAGCCGCUGGCCUCCGCAUCGGAUACGCCCGCGAUUCCUAUUCCAGUUCCAGGACCGAUGAUCCCGAUCUCGACGACGAUUCCCUCCCCUACACCUCCACCUCCAUCGCCACCACCCCCGUGGUCCCUACUUCCACUCCAUCUUCUGAUUCCACUCCCCCUCCUCCCCCGCCUCCGCCUGUAUCCUUAUCAGUAUCGGAACCAGAACCAGUACCAGUAGAAGUGGUCGUAAAUGACAAAGAAGCCCCUCCUGAGCUCCGGUUGGACCAGAGCAAGGCUCUGAUCGCCGACAAGCUCAGUCACGCUCGCCAAUUGGCCGCCUCCAUCUCCGCCGCCAGGAAGGAAUCCAUUGCCAAGAGAAGGGCAGCAUCCGACCAUCUCAAUUUGGCUUCUGUCAAUGAAGCCAAUCUCGAGAAGCAGCUGGAAGAGGCUUGCGAGGCUGAGGAUUUCGACACUGCACAAAGGCUCAGUGACAGCCUUGCAGCUGCUCAGAGCCAGAAGCAAGCUCUGUUAGCCGCCCUCAGAGAUGCCGAGGCCGAAUGUGAUGCUGUGGACACCAAAAUGCAUCAAGUUCUCCAAUCCCAAAUCACCGCCGAGGAAGAAUGUGCUUCUCUGCUUCAACGCUUUGCCACCGAUGCCUCAAAUGAUGCAGAUUUGGUCUUACAAACAGCAGAAGCCCACUCUUCAAAAGAAACAGAAGAAUGGCUUUCAUCAACUGAAGCCUUGCAUGCCAAGAAAAUGGAACUGGAGAUUGAAUCCCAUAUCAUCGAUGAUGCUGGGCUUGUCUUGGACUCUUCCAUUGACACUUUGGUGGAGGAUGACAAGAGGGAGAAAGAAUGUCUUUGUAAGAAAAAGGACGUUCUCAUGGACGAACUGGAGAAGCUACUUGCUUUGGUGAAACAGAAGGAACAAGAGAUUGCACAAAAUGAUCGUGACAUCAAACAAGUUGAGGAAAGGAUUGAUCUUGCUCUUUCUGGCUUCCAGGACAUGCAAUCCACCAUUCAGGCCAAGUCCACCGACUUGCAAGCGGCCCUCUCUAAGAUAAACAUAGAAAAUGAGGCUCUGUCAACAAAAAAGACGGAAAUCGAUGCCUUCCUCAUUCAGGAACAAGAGAGGGAAGCAAAGUUGAGGGAACUGGCCAGGGCUUCUGCAGAGGAAGCAGAGGCAUACCAACAAGUUGCUGCUCUUAGAAAAACUCUCAUGUCCUCUAUUUUGAAGUCCAGGGAAGAUAGAUCACGCUUGCAAAGACCUGAGGAAGAGCUCUCCACGGAUGUUCAAAUGCUCCAACAGGAUGUUUCUGCCUCAAGAGCUUCACUGCAGGAACUGUCUUCGAAAAAGUCAAGCAUUCAGCAAGAUAUAGCAUCCUCUAAGCAGAAAAUUAUUUUCAUAGACAAAAGAAUUCCAGAGCUGGAAGCAGAAAAGAAAGUCGCUGCAACUGCAAGAAAUUUUAAGGAAGCAGCACGACUUGCUGCCGAGGCUAAGUCACUGAAUGUUGAAAAGGAAGGGAUACAGAAUGACAUGGAAAAAGCCAUCUUAGAGCUUGAGAAGCUCGAGCAAGAGAUAAAAGAGACUAUUAACAGAUUGCAGGAGACAGAGGGGCAUAUUCUCUCCAAGGAAAAAGAGCUAGCUACGGCUAGGUUUCAGAGGUUGCUUCUGAUAUCUGGGAUUGCUAAAGCAGAAAGAGAAGCUGCUUUGGAGUUGGGUAACCUUGAAGAAGCUAACCUUCUGCUUGCGGAGGCUGAAGCAGCAGACUCUGAAGCAAAUAAGCUUCAACCGUUACACGAUCUCAAGGUGGAAGAGGUUGAAAGAUUACCAAAGCAGUUCAUCUCCGUGGAGCUUAUAUCUAAUCUUGGGAGGCAGCAGUUAGAAGAAUUAGCAGCGUCAGUGCAACCUUCUCAGGGGUGACAACUUGCAGAGCUAGAGUCGAGGAUCGAUUUGUUAUUGAUCUCUGUCGAGAUUGGAAAUCAUAAGUCUACAAAGAGUUUGAUAUGAAAAGCUGGAACAAGUUAAG